CUUUAUUUCGCUUUUAUUUCGAUCUGCUUUCUCUGAUUUGUGUCAUAUUAUUGCGAUAGAGAAUGUUUCACGAUAUGUAGUAACGAGUAGAUCCUUUCAAUUCGAACGUUUCCGCGAGUCAUGAUAGUGUUAUGCUUUCAGCUCCCAAUCUUAUAACCUUAUAAGGAAACUCAUUUCGGCACGCAUACGAACACGACUUUUAUUCGACUUUGUGUAUAUUUAUAUUCUUGUAGUCACGUAGCUAAUUCCGCUCCUCGUUUGUUUACUGUCGAUUUCUCUCGGAUGUCGCGAUUGUCGAGUAUUUCGAUUCACGAGAAACAUUGCAAACGUCAAAAAUGGGAAGAUACUCUAGGCAGCCACAAAUAAUCCUGUUGAAAGAGGGCACGGAUGCGUCCCAGGGAAAGCCGCAAGUGAUAUCUAAUAUAAAUGCAUGUCAGAUUGUUGUGGACGCUGUUAGGACCACCCUAGGUCCUCGUGGCAUGGACAAGCUUAUAGUCGAUCAGCAUGGAAAGAGUACCAUAUCCAACGAUGGUGCUACCAUCCUGAAAUUGUUGGACAUCAUUCAUCCAGCUGCAAAGAUCUUGGUGGAUAUUGCAAAAUCACAAGAUGCAGAGGUAGGAGAUGGCACGACCAGUGUUGUUCUAUUGGCAGGAGAAUUCUUGAAACAGAUGAAGUCGUUUAUCGAGGAGGGCGUGCAUUCACGUAUAAUUAUCAAGGCCCUUCGUCGUGCGCUUCAGAUAGCAGUAGAUAAAAUUAAUGAACUAAGCAUCAAGAUAGACAAAAGCAGCAGGAGCAAGCAGAUUGAAUUUCUGGAAGAAUGCGCGGCCACGUCCAUGAGUUCCAAGUUAAUACAUCAACAAAAGGAGCACUUCAGUCAGUUAGUCGUUAAAGCUGUCAUGAUGUUGGACGAUUUGCUUCCUCUUAACAUGAUCGGCAUAAAAAAAGUAGCUGGAGGCGCGCUGGAAGAUUCGGAGCUGAUCCAAGGAGUGGCCUUUAAAAAGACGUUCUCGUAUGCCGGAUUCGAGAUGCAACCGAAAACGUAUGAGCAGUGCAAGAUCGCGUUGCUCAACAUCGAGUUGGAGUUGAAGGCUGAACGCGACAAUGCGGAGGUGCGCGUGGAUAACGUCGCGGAAUACCAGAAGGUCGUGGAUGCGGAAUGGCAGAUUCUUUACGAUAAACUCGACCAGAUUCACAAGAGCGGCGCAAAGGUGGUGCUGUCCAUGCUGCCGAUUGGCGACGUAGCGACACAGUACUUCGCCGACAGGGACAUGUUCUGCGCCGGUAGGGUGCCCGACGAGGAUCUCAAGAGAACGAUGAAAGCGUGCGGUGGAGCGAUCUUAACAACGGUGCACGAUAUUAAGGACUCCGAUCUCGGCAGAUGCCAGAUCUUCGAGGAGAAGCAAAUUGGCGGCGAAAGGUUCAACGUCUUCUACGAGUGUUCGCGGGCGAGAACGUGUACGUUCAUCCUGCGCGGCGGCGCGGAGCAGUUCUUGGAAGAGACGGAGAGAUCCCUUCAUGACGCCAUCAUGGUCGUCAGACGCAUGGUAAAGAAUGACACGGUAGUCGCUGGCGGUGGCGCUAUCGAGAUGGAACUGUCAAAGACUCUACGCGAUUAUUCCCGUACUAUCGCUGGCAAGGAGCAGCUCUUGAUAGGAGCGAUAGCGAGAGCUCUCGAGGUCAUUCCGAGGCAACUCUGUGACAACGCUGGAUUUGACGCAACGAAUAUCCUGAACAAGUUGCGCCAGAAACACCACAAGGGUCUGCGCUGGUAUGGCGUCGACAUCAAUUCCGAGGACAUCGCCGAUAACAUGCAGUUCUGUGUCUGGGAGCCGGCCAUAGUGAAGAUCAACGCGCUGACCGCCGCAACGGAGGCCGCGUGUCUCAUUCUGUCUGUCGACGAAACUAUCAAGAAUCCCAGGAGCAGCCAGGAUGCUCCGCAGCCGCCGAUGGGUCGCGGCAUGGGCAGACCUAUGUAAUCUAUCUGUCUACUCACUCUUGAAUUAGACUUAGAAAGAAAAAAAAAAAGAAGAAAGCUAACAUGAUAAAAUGAAAGCCCAGCUUAUACUUCUCACGCUCGUCAUAUUUUGUAUAUGCCAAUAUUUAUAAUGUAUGACAGGUGUGCGCCACCUGCGUUCAGAAUAAAAAUUUGUGUCAUUCUUGGUUA